AUGGAAGAGAACUCGGAUCAAACAUCGCAGGAAUCACCGGAGAAACCCGAGUUUCAUUUGAAAAAUGAGGAUUUUCCAACGCUACAAAGUACUACACGAUCUAGAAAAAGUAAGAAAAAGUCAGCUAAUAUUGCAAAUAAACCAAGUAAAAUUGUGGAUGAGCCAAGUGGAGUUACAAGUGAGCCAAAUGGAAUUACAAAUGAGCCAGGUAGAAUUAUGAAAAGAUCAGGUGGAAUUAUAAAUAAACCAAAUGCAGUUAUGAAUGAGCCAACUAGAAUUAUGAGAAAGCCAAGUGGAAUUAUGAAUGAACCAAGUGUAGUUGCAAAUGAGCCAGCUAGAAUUAUGAAGAGGCAAAGUGGAGUUACAAGUGGACAAAGUCAAAUAAUGAAUAGGCCAACUGGAAUUAUAAUGCCAACAGCAGGGACUUCAUCUAUGCAGGUGUAUAAUACAAAUGUUGGAUUUAUUCCUAGGCGACCUGGACCGUAUUUCCUCGAAUAUUUUCAACCUAUACCAAGAAUGAAUGUACCUAUAUAUCCUGAUGGUACGGCAAAGAAUAUUCCAUCAUCAACUUUGAUGACUGAUCAAUAUGGAAUGCUCGGAUUCUUGUCUGCUUAUCGAGGAAUGCAAAUUCAUCCCGCAUUAGCAACACUUGCUAUUGGUGAAGAUCCGGCAAAUAUGGGUUUAGGCAUGAAUAAUCGGCUUGUAGUACGCAAUCCAAGUGGAUAUGGCAGACGUGAAAUUCAUGUAAAUUAUGGAGGACCAUGGGCGGAAAUGCCAGAUUAUUCAGCGCAUGCAGAGACCAAAAUACCGAAUGAAUAUAGAACGAAUUUAUUGCUUGGUGACAAAUUAGCACAACUGAAAUUUUCGAUGCUAGAAGAGGAUACAUUAUUUUAUAUCUUUUAUAAUUAUCCCGGUGAGCAAUAUCAAAUUGCCGCUGCUUAUGAGCUAUAUAUGAGAGAAUGGCGCUAUCACAAAAUGGAUCGCCUUUGGUUAAGGCGUUUCGACCACAAAAGUGUUGUUGAAUAUACAACCACAUAUGAGAGAGGAUUAUAUAAUGUAUUCGAUCGAUCUCGCUGGAGAAAACUGACGGUGAGGACGACGUUGUUAUACAAAGAUCUUGAAGGCAAACCAAUAUUGCCACCAGAUAUGCGGAAAUACUUUGAUCCAUAA